GUUAAUAUAACCUAGAAAAACAAAUUGUCAAAAUAUAUUUAUUCAAAAAUUGUAUUCCUAUAAAAUUUGGGAAUUUUUUACGUAUCAUCAAUCAUUUAAAUAUGUUUGGGUUACGUUCGUUAGUUCGUAGUGCCAUUACUUCAGGAUGUAAUAUAAAUCAUCAACAAACUAGAAACACAUUUAUUCUUAAAAGAAAAACCCCAGUGCCUCUACAUAAGAAGGGUGGGAAGCCUAUAAAAUUGAAGGGACGGCAUUUUGUAUACGACCUGGUUGAAGAUACAAAUGUCAAGAGAAAACCUGAUGUUAAAGUAAUUCUUAACCAGUUCAUCGAUGGUGUUGGGAAUAAAGGUCAAGUUCUAACACUCCGGCCUCACCAAGCCUACAAUGAGUAUCUUGUGCCUGGAUUAGCUGUGUAUGCCAGCCCACAGAAUUUAGAAAAGUAUGAUGCUAAUGAAGAGAAGUCUACUACUGAGAGUAAUUACAGUUCACCUUAUGUGCACAGGACUAUUGGUUGCUUGUCGCGUGUGAUAUUACAAAUUACAAUGAGUAAAUUAGAACCCUGGGUUUUGGAGCCGUGGCACAUCAGUACUUCUUUCAGAAAAUCUGGUUUUCUGGUCCCUGAACAUUGUAUUGAGAUGCCCCCCGCACAGAUCAAGGGACCUGACCUAACCUUACAGGACAAGGAAUUUUAUGUCACUGUAACGAUCAAUAAUACAGAAAAAGUAAAUGUAAGAUGUAGAAUUCAUCAUUGGGCCACUGGACUGGACAGGCUACCAUGGGAGGAGUUCCAUUGGAAGAAACCCAAGGAAGCACUAUUCCCUGAACAAGCUGCAGAACUGGAAAAGAUGCCUUUGCCUCAAUAACAAGUAUAUAAUUAAAAUAAAUGUAGUCAGAAUUUAGAUUUACUCAUAUUGUUGGAUUUUUUUACUAUUUAUCUGAACAAAUAUCCAUAUUAUACAAUAAGCUGGGAGGAGAUCCAUACAUACUCCUUCAAGGAAUCCUAUAGAUGUUACAAAGAAUCAUGUUUUGUUAGUUUAAAAAAUAAAUGACACAAAGCUUUAAA